GAACCUCGGAGGGCUACAUAGAAGGCCAGAGGAUGCGCCAACCGACAGCACUGCUCCUGGGAUGAAGAGCGCAUAGCAGCCGUGAGGAACGGGUGGGAGUGGAUUCCUUCCAGAGGCCUCCGAUCCGCCCUCAGAGGUGACCUGAGGCCUCCUGGCUGCUGCCCUCCUCCUCCUCCCUGCUGUGCCUUGGGCCCUUCUCCUGACCUGACCUCCUCCCAUGACUCAGGCCUCCUGGGAUGUGGGGCUGGGCGGCUGGCCAGCAGCACCCUCCUCGUCUCCCUCGUCCUCCGCGUCUUCCUCCUCCCCCCCACAGCUGGGGCAUCAGCACCACAGCAGCCGAAGAAGCACCAGAGGGGCUCCUUUGUCCCAGGGCAGCUGACUCCAUCCGUGUUUCCAAACACGCCUGGCGCUCAGGGGUCAGCUGUCAGUGUGGCACCCAUUCCCCCCACCAGCAGUCAGGCUGGGACAGAAUGGCAGUGGUCCAUCCUAAGGAGGAGGAGGAGGAGGAGGAGGAAGGUGUGGAAGUGUUAGAGGGAAGAGAGCCCAGGGCCUGUGUGGGGCAGGAGGGCCCAGUCGCCCCCAUGGCUAUGAGCCAGGAGCAUUACGGGGACUACCAUCGCCUGCCAGACUACGAAGACGACUCUCCCCAUGAGGAUGAGGAGGAGCUGCUGGUCCAUGUCACAGAGGGGCUGAAAGAUUCCUGGCAUCACAUCAAGAACCUGGACAACUUCUUCACCAAAAUCUACCACUUCCACCAGAAGAACGGCUUUGCCUGCAUGAUGCUCUCAGACGUCUUUGAGCUGGUGCAGUUCCUGUUCCUGUUCGUUUGUGCCUUCACCACCUUCCUCCUGUGCUGCGUGGAGUACGACGUCCUCUUUGCCAAUCGGCCUGUCAAUCACACUCACCAGGGGGGUGGCCUCACCCCCGACAGGAACAAAGUGACACUCCCUGAUGCCAUCCUGCCCACCUCACAGUGUACCCAGAGGAUCCAGGCCAGCGGCUGGAUCAUCUUCCUGCUGGUGAUGGCGGCCACCUUUUGGCUCUACCGCCUGGUGAAGGUCUUCUUCAGCCUCCUGGGCUACUGGGAGAUCCGCACCUUUUACACCAAGGCCCUCAAGAUCCCUUCGGAGGAGCUGUGCAACUGCAGCUGGCAGGAGGUCCAGGCCCGGCUGAUCUCCCUGCAGCGGGAGCAGCAGAUGUGCGUCCACAAGCGGGAGCUCUCAGAGCUGGACAUCCACCACCGCAUCCUGCGCUUCAAGAACUACCUGGUGGCCAUGGUGAACAAAGCCCUGCUGCCGGUCCGCUUCCACCUUCCCCUGCUGGGCGAGGGAGUCUUCCUGACGCAGGGCCUCAAGUACAACCUGGAGCUGCUCUUCUUCUGGGGGCCUGGCUCCCUCUUCCAGGGCAAGUGGAACCUCCAGCCCCAGUACAAGCGGGCGGGGGCCCGGCUGGAGCUGGCCCACCGGCUGGGCCGCAGCAUGCUGCUCCUGGGCCUGGCCAACCUGCUCCUCUGCCCCUUCAUCCUGGUCUGGCAGGUCCUCUACGCCUUCUUCAGCUACACUGAGGUCCUCAAGCGGGAGCCCGGCAGCCUGGGGGCCCGGCGCUGGUCGCUCUAUGGCCGCCUCUAUCUGCGCCACUUCAACGAGUUGGACCACGAGCUGCAGGCACGCCUGAGCCGGGGCUACAAGCCGGCUUCCAAGUACAUGAACUCCUUCACCAGCCCCCUCCUCACCCUCUUGGCCAAGAACCUGGCCUUCUUUGCCGGCUCCAUCCUGGCCGUGCUCAUCGCCCUGACCGUCUACGAUGAGGACGUCCUCACCGUCCAACACAUCCUCACCGCCAUCACCCUCCUGGGGCUCAUUGUCACCGUAGCCAGGUCCUUCAUCCCCGAUGAGCACCUGGUCUGGUGUCCGGAGCAGCUGCUGCAGAGCCUCCUGGCCCACAUCCACUACAUCCCAGACCAUUGGCAAGGCAAUGCUCACAAGUCAGAGACACGGGAGGAGUUGUCCCAGCUCUUCCAGUACAAGGCUGUGUUCAUUUUGGAGGAGCUGCUGAGCCCCAUCGUGACCCCCUUCCUCCUCAUCUUUGCCCUCCGUGCCAAGGCCCUGGAUAUCAUCGACUUCUUCCGCAACUUCUCGGUGGAGGUGGUGGGCGUGGGGGACAUCUGCUCCUUUGCCCAGCUGGACAUCCGGAACCACGGCAAUCCCCAGUGGCUGUCGCAGGGCCGGACGGAGGCCUCAGUGUACCAACAGGCCGAGAACGGGAAGAUAGAGCUCUCCCUCAUCCACUUUGCCAUCGCCAACCCCCGCUGGCAGCCACCCCCCGAGAGCUCCCUCUUCAUCGGGCACCUCAAGGAGAAGGUCCAGCAGGAUGCGGCCCACGCGCCCCCUGCCCAGUGCCUCUUGGCCGAUGCCCCCCUGGCCACUUCUUUGCUCUCAGACGAGGGGCCCAGCACCAUGCCGGACGCCCUAUUGGCCAGUGUUUUGGCCCAUCCUGUUCUGUCAGCAGCUAGCCUGGCAUCCCACACGGAACGGCAGCUCUACACCCAGCCGGGCAGCACAGCUGGGGCAGCCGCCAGCAUCCUGGCCUCCCUCUCCUGCUCCCAGCUGCCCAGACACAGCUGCCCACCAGGGGAGAAUUCAGUCUAUCGCAGUGACAACACCCUUCUGUGGGGCAGCAUUGCGCCGCCUGAGACACGCCAAGGCCCCCUUGCCCGGUCUGUUGUGCUGUCGGAGUUUGCUUCUGCCGAGAUGAGUCUGCACGCCAUUUACGUGCAUGAGCUUCGUCACCAGCACCAGCAGCGACCACAAGAGGCGGCGUCCCCCCAUGCCCCUUCACAGCAUUUGGCACAAGCAGAUUGCACCAGGGCCUCCUCGCUGCAUGCGCGCAGCCAGGAUCUAGCCCUGGGGGGGCUGGGAGGAAGGGGCACAGCAGCAGCAGCAGGAGGAGGAGAGGGAGAAGAGCUAGCCCCCACCCAGCGUGGGCCUUCCUUCCCUCUUGAAAAGUUUCUGGGCUGCCGACUUUGUCGUGCCAGGACCACUCCUCCCACCCCAGGAACGUGGCUAAAGGUCGUCCAGCAACCGUGGCCCUAGCCAGGGCUGGAGGGGACAGCAGCUGCCUGGGCCCUUGGCAGACUUUGGUGUGAGAAGGGGUCUUGGUGGCGCGGCUGCAGAUCUCCCCUGCCUUACUUACUUGGGGUGCAUGCCCCUCUUGGGGUGAAUAAGCUACGGGCCGAUCAGGCUCUACCUGGUGCUACCCACAUCUAAAGGGUUCCUGUGGGGGGUCCACAGAGAACGGCACAUGGAAGCUGCUGGCGCCAGUCUUGCUCUGCCCCCUGCUCCAGGACUUGUGCUUUCCCUGCCUUCCCUUUGCUGGUCUCUAUGAUGGAAGCUUUGGGGUGGGGUGGGGUGCUUGUAUGUGAUGGUGCUCCCAUCUCAGGACAGUUCUGGGACAAUAAAUGUUUACAGGCGUGGC